AUGCAACAUCUAUCUAUCUAUCUAUCUAUUUAUCUAUCUAUCUAUCUCAUUCUGUUCAUAUCUACAGUCUAUUAUUUUUGUGUUCAUAUUAUUCAUUCAUCUAUCCAUUCAUCUAUCUAUCUAUCUAUCUAUCCAUCUAUUCAUCUAUCUAUCUCAGUCUCCAUUAUCUAUCUAUUCAUUAUCUAUCUAUCUAUCUAUUCAUUCAUCUAUCUAUCUAUCUAUCUCAGUCUCUUCAUUAUCUAUCUAUCUAUGUAUCUAUCUAUCUAUCACAUUUGUGUCUGUCUAUUUGAUUGUAUUCAUACAUAUCUAUCGAUCUAUCUAUCUGAUCAUGUUCGUAUCUAUCGAUCUAUCUAUCUGAUCCUAAUAAAUCUUACUAUCUAUCUGUAUAUCUAUCUGUAUAUCUUUCUGUGUAUCAAAUUACCUGUCUCUGUUUUUCUCUCUGUAUUUAUAUCCGAUUUGCGUAUCUAUUUAUCUGUCUGUAUGAAUAUUUGUCUGCCUCCCUGUCUAUUUGCUUGUGUGUCCGUCUAUAUCUAUCUAUCUAUCUAUCUAUCUAUCUAUCUAUCUAUCUGCCUACGUACAUCCAUGUCUAACUUUGUUAAUAUUUCUUUCUUUCUUUCUUUCUUUCUUUCUUUCUUUCUUUCUAUGACUGUUCUUUUCUUUAUUUCUUUCUAUCUAUCUAUCUAUCUAUCUAUAUCUAUCUAUCUAUCUAUCAUUCAUCUAUCUAUCUGUAUGUUCAAACUUUGUUAUUUUUUUCUUUUUUUUUUUUUCUUUUUUUCUUUCUUCUUCUAUGACUGUUCUUUCUUUAUUUCUUUCUCAUCUAUUAUCUAUCUAUCUAUCUAUCUAUUCAUCUAUCUAUCCAUCUAUCUAUUAUGUUUAUCACUAUCUUUUUAUCCUUGUUUACUCCCUCAUCUAUCUAUCUAUCUAUCAUCUAUCUAUCCAUCUAUCUAUCUAUGUUUACUCACUAUCUUUCUAUCCUUGUUUACUCCCCAUCUCAUUAUCUAUCUAUCUAUCUAUCUAUCUAUCUAUCUAUCUAUCUAUCUAUCUAUCCUUGUUUACUCACUAUCUAUCUAUCUAUCUAUCCUUGUUUACUCACUAUCUAUCUAUCUAUCUAUCUAUCUAUCUAUCUAUCUAUCUAUCUCUGUCCCUUCUAUUUGCCUAUCUACAUCUAUGUCUGCCUUUUUCCAGAGACCAGACGUUGGUGUUAUUCAAGGGCUGGAAAACCUUACGGAAUCUCAGGUUAACGAUUUCCUUUCCGGACGGGCACCCCUAUUAUUGGUCAUGAAACUCGGUGAUCACAUGAUGUUUGUACAGCUUCAGCUCUCCACGGCAUCCUGUAGUCAGGGUACCCAAACAAACCGUUCCCAGUGCACAGUCGAUGCCAAGGAGAAGGCCGCUCCAACCGGUCCAGUGUUUAAUUCAGCAGCCCUCGCUGAACUCGGCCACAACCUCUCACAGAAACUAAGGGAAUUUUCGCAGUUAUCUACGCACCAAAAGGUGUCUGAGCAUUGUCCUACUGGUAACCCCAACGCGAGCGCCGCUGGCCCGGCGAAUAGCACACCAGCUUAUUCCGUCUCAAAAACCGCCACUGCUAACGGCUCCGUCACACACACGCAACCAUCAAUUCCUGCAAACAGCAACAACAACAACAACAACAACAACAACAGUAACUGUAACAACAACAACAACAACAACAACAAUCAUUGCCAUAGCCCCAAUAACACGAGUAUGACUUCCGGUAGUUCCUGCAAUCCCAGUAUUCCUUGCAACACAACUUCUGCUCCAACUCCUGCUUCUCGAACCUGCCCUACCACUGGAGAACCCAUCCCAGGAGCCAUCAUUGAAAGUAUGCAUCACGUUGGCCAAGGUGUAUAUUCAGGAACAUUUUCUGGAACUUUGGACCCAUCUUUGCAAGACAUGGAUGGCAAACCGAAACGAAAUAUCGGCACCAUUAUUCACAUUUUGAAUGAUCUUCUAGGCGCCACUCCACAGUACAGGGCACAGAAUGUACCUCACACGCCGGAAAAGCCACUGGUGGACAGCUGCAGCCAUAAGAAUGGUGAACAGACACAGUUACCUGUUGGCUUGAGCGAGGAAGAUAACGCUCUACGAGGCAAGGUCAAAGAUCUCCAGAUGAAAAUGGAGGAGAAAAGAAUGCGACGUCAAGCCAGAAGGGAAGCCAAGGCACCAUACCAGUGUCCGGGACCUCGUCUACACACUACCCCCGAUUCCACAACGACGAUCACAACCUUUGCGUCAAACGCCAACACUGAUCAUAUUAGUAACCUGGGUACAUGUAGUAUGGACAGCGAGUUGUCUGUAUUUGGACCGCAACACCCCGAAUGCACUCUCACAGAAAUGGAAAUCGGUAGCGACUCAGUACCAGACGGAGACGGCAAGAACAGGGAGAUUGAGAUGACGGCAAUGCCGACUCCAGCCACGACGACAGCGACAAAUUCUUCAACCGCUGCGUCGACUAAGGCGACCGAACCUUCGGCUUAUGCGAACACGGGUCUGGAACAAGAGCUAAUACACACACACAGACACAGAGACACAAAUAUCUAUCUAUCUAUCUAUCUAUCUAUCUAUCUAUAUUGA